UCAUGUGUGCUAGGAAGAAGGACUGUAGGUUCUUAAGUAACAAGGAAGUCUAUUGCCAGCAGCACUCCUCUCUACCUGUUACCAGUGACACUGUUAAAGAUGAGGACAUGAGAGUUGAUAGGUGUAUCAUUAUACACACUGAUAAUGACAGGCCUGGGAGGAAGUUCACUAAAUCAUUUCCACCUCAAAACAUUCAACUAAGAAUAGGAUCAUUAUUAAUACGCUCCGCUGGGUCCCUUUCUCCUCUCUCUGAUACAAUAUCUCCGUCACUUCUCAUCCCUCACAGUUUCUCCUCCUCCUCUCUCUUCUGGAGCCUGACCACGCCCACCCAACGGAUCACCUACACUCUCACAGUAUCAGCUGAUCUUCCUAAGGAAGAGCCACUCCCUUUAACCACACCUACCCCUGAAACCCCGCCCACUUCACCUGGUGAUUUAAGAUGGCCGUGUGUCAGUACUCAAGUUAGUAGUGAUCCUGAUAAUGAGGGGGUGUGGUCAGCAGUGUCCUCUAAAAGUCAAAUAUUAUCCAGUCCGUCUCUAAUUAAUAAUAGUGUAACGGACAAGUCUAAUCCUGAGAUAGCUCUGAGGAUAUUUCGUAUUCCAAAGAAGACUCGUUCCUCUUCCUCCUCUCCCCCUCCUACCCUCGCCAUUGGACUAACCAUCACCGCCCCCUUACCAGUAACCAGUGUCCAUUGUCCACAGUCACACAGAGAGGAGGAGACCGUUAGACCAGUGUUACCGUUAGACUCACCCGCUCUCAAUCAGUGGGAGACAGGGUCACCUCCUCAUAGUGUGAACAGUGUCCAUUAUGAGCUCAGCAAUGAGGAGGGGCAGUCAUGGAGGGGACCUGAUCUUAAAG